AUGAGUGCACACGAUACCAUCGUCAUCUUAGGGGCCGGCAUCAUCGGCCUUGACGUAGCUCUUGUCCUGGCAGAAAGAGGCUACGGCAAGUCCAUCACAGUCAUCGCGGAACAUCUUCCUGGAGAUACGGCACUGAGUUAUACCUCUCCAUGGGCCGGGUGCAACUUCUCAGCUAUCUCUGGUACAGAUGCCAAUGCCUUGAAAUGGGACAAGGCAGGAUAUUUCCAUCUCAGUAAGCUGGCAUCUGAGAGACCAGAGCAAUCGUAUGUCAAGCGAACUCCUUCAACGGAACUUUGGGACGAUAAUGUUCCUCGUGAUAAGAUCCAGGCAAUGUCCGAGUAUCUAGAAAACUUCCAAGAAAUACCUGUCAAUGAGCUACCUGAGGGCGUCAAAUUUGCCGUCUCCUUUACUACUCUGACUGUCAAUGCACCCCAGCAUCUGCUAUAUCUCUAUGAGAGAUUAAAGAAUGACUACGGUGUUCGUUUUGUUCGUCAAAAGCUCCCGGAUCUUCAGACGGCAUUCUUCAGUCAAUCCACUCAGAUUGUCUUCAACUGUACUGGAAAUGCUGCGCGAAAGUUGCCGGGAGUCGAGGACCCCAAGUGUUACCCCACUAGAGGACAGGUCCUCUUGACUCACGCCCCCGAUGUUCACACGAACAUCAUGAGACAUGGUAAAGAUUACGAGACAUACGUCAUCCCUCGCCCGUUCUCUAAAGGUCAUGUGAUUCUCGGAGGGUACAUGCAAAAGGGCAACGCUGAUGGCGCCACCUACUCCUACGAGACAGAGUCCAUCUUGGAGCGCACCAAGGAACUCAGUGAUGAAGUCAGAAAUGGAAGUCUAGAUGUUCUGGCAGCUUUCUCAGGCCUUCGUCCGUCACGCGAAGGCGGCGCUCGAGUAGAGAGGCAAGAUUUGACUGUCGCGGGACAAAAGCGCACUGUGGUUCACAACUACGGUGCAGGUGGCACUGGGUUUUAA